AUGGCGGCGGCAGGUACCAACGCCUGGCCGCUCCUCCGCGCUCAAGUCGCAGCUCCUUUCGCAUCCUCGACCCAGCAACAGCAGCAGCAGCAAAUCACCAUUACUACCAAGACGGCUGUCACUGUUCCCGACGCCACCAUGGGAAAAGGAAGUGCUGAGAAUAUCCUCUCUUCUCGCAGGCCAUCUACUCCACGCGCCCAGACAGACCCCCAGCCAAGCACCUUGUCUUCUCUGCCCUUCAUGUCGUCGCUUUCCACUCCUACCACGAAGCCCCGGAACCGCUCGCCCUAUGCUCGCUCUCACCUUCGCUCACACAGCGGGUCCGCGCUGCCAAACGCGCCUCCCAUGACGCGCGCUCAUUCGCUGCCCACCGUCAUGCAACCCAUUGGCAACCUCAAGCUCUCAUCCGCACCUAUGCCACUGGCCCGCCCCGCCUCCCCUCUGCGAUCACCGAAACUGAGCCGGAGCCCGCGGGCACUGGAGCCACGGCCACACCCUGAGCGAUAUGGCUCGGGCAACCGCCCGGCCUCCAUCGGCUCUUUCGACGGCGCACCGAGCGUUUGCGACAUCUCCGAGGAUGCCGAGCUAGAGCUUACGCCCCGCGUAGGCAACACCGUAUCCAGUCUCUACAGCAGCACGGGUUCGCUCUCCAGACGCCGUCGACCGGCUUCUCCUCUCUACCAGGUCUCUGUAUCCUUUGGUACACCCCCUACCAGCAACCCCUCUGGCAGCCAGCCCACUUCGACAGCAUCGUCACCCUUGUUUGCGCCUGCCAGGUUCAACGAGAACUACCCGUCGUCGCUGGCUUCAUCGUCGGUCCCGUCUACUCCGACUUCGAUGCGCUCUCGCAGCCCUUCCAUCUCAUCACUCGAAACUAUUGAAGACAGUCCAGAUGCCGAGGAGGAGGCCAUAGAGGCGGAUCGUAUCAGGAAGCUCAAGGCCGCAGCUGACCGUGAAGACGGUGGAGAGGGUCGAAGGUCCAGCCUGGACGUACCCGAAGGACGUGGACGUAGUCUCGGUUUUGGCAAGAGGGAUUCGAGGAAGAGGUGGAGUGUCUGCGGAGCCGAACGACGACAAGACCUGGAUCUUGAGACAAUCUGGGAAGACUGAUUCACACCCAGACCAUGCGGUCACGGGUUUCUUGGCAUUUUGUUGGCGUUAUUGCAUAUCUUGGAGCAUCCUACUUUCAGCGUGUGGAGUUUUGGAGCCUGUCUUGCUGCAGUCUCACCCCGGUCUUUCGUUAGGGCUGGUUCGCGUCUUGUUUUUUGUCUUUUACGUUACGAUCGUCCAACAUUCAGCAAGCCUCGGUCUAGGCGCAGUCGACGAUGUGGGUCUGUAUGUUUUUUGUUUUUACGCAUAUGCGGUAUGUUACAUAUCGACGACGACACAUGGUCAGCAACAUGAUACCCUCCUCGACAGGAGCUGUGAUUUUGCGCAGCAGUUAUGGAGUCUGUCCCUCAAUCCGGCAUACACUUGGUAGCCCAUCCGAAUACAAUACUUUAUUAAAAA